UUACUCAAAAAUAAAACAAUUUCUUUUUUAUAUUAAAAAUUUGAAUAAAUACUAAAGAAAUGAAAAGAAAAAUCGAUUUGAAAAAUAAGAAAUGUUUCUUUUUUCAGUAAAAGCAUAACCUUACUUAUGAUAAAGUAGAAACUAGAAUCAUCUUUAGGUCAAACAAAUUCGAUCAAUUAGAAUAUUUAUAUAUUAGAAAUAUAAAAAAUGAAAAUUAUAUAAAUAGAAAUGUCUGUUCACAACACAAAACAUGAAUAGGAAUAAAUGAGAUUUGUGGAUGUGGAUAAAGAAAUGGUUAUGAUACUAUAAUUUACGUUUUAUUGAAUUGAGUAUCUUUUUCCAGUUUUUGCGUUUAUUCUGCAGAAGCAAAUUAAGUCAAAAGGGGAUGCUAUAUUAUGUUUUUAAAUAAAAAGCCUAAUGGAUAUAAAAAAACAAAGUGCACAACUAGGGCAUAUCAUUUUAUGUAAAGUAGUGGAGAAUUAUGGGACAAAAAAUAAAUCCGCUUGGUUUCCGACUUGGUACAACUCAAAGUCAUGAUUCUCUUUGGUUUGCACAACCAAUCAAUUAUUCAGAGAAUCUACAAGAAGAUAAAAAAAUACGAGAUUAUAUCAAGAAUUAUAUAAAAAUAAAUAUAAGAAUAUCUUCUGGUGUCGAGGGAAUAGCAGGGAUAAAGAUUAAAAAAAGAAUUGAUUUGAUUCAAGUCAUAAUCUCUAUGGGAUUUCCAAAGUUAUUAAUUGAGGGUAAGCCUGGAAGAAUAGAAGAGUUACAGAUGAAUUUACAAAAAAAACUCAAUUGUGUGAACCGAAAACUGAACAUUGCUAUUACAAGAAUUGCAAACCCUUAUGGACAUCCUAAUAUUCUUGCAGAAUUUAUAGCCGGGCAAUUAAGGAAUAGAGUUUCGUUUCGUAAAGCAAUGAAAAAAGCUAUUGAAUUAACUCAACAGGCGGGGACAAAAGGAAUUCAAGUACAAAUUGCGGGACGUAUCGACGGAAAAGAAAUUGCACGUGUCGAAUGGAUCAGAGAGGGUAGAGUUCCUCUACAAACCAUUCGAGCUAAAAUUGAUUAUUGUUCCUAUACAGUUCGAACUAUUUAUGGCGUAUUAGGGAUCAAAGUUUGGAUAUUUGUAAACAAAGAAUAAUCCAAUUCUCCUUUUCUUUUUCUUUAAGGUUCCUUGUUUCGGUAAAACAAAAAAAUGAUAAUUUUCCAAAUUUUAUAAGAUUGAAUAAAAAAUAUCAAUUAAUUUUUUUAUAUAAAUAUAAUUGCUAUGCUUAGUGUGUGACUCGUUGAUUUUUUAGAGUGGUUAGAGUUCGACAAUAAAAUAAAUGACUUAUAGGAUGAAUUCAUUAAUAACUAAGUACUAACCAACUCAUCGCUUCGCAUUAUCUGGAUUUAAAGAAUUAAUCUAAAAAUCGAAAUAAAAUCAAGAUAUCAUAUUUUGGUAGUAGAAUUAUAACAACUGAGAUAUUGGAUAAAAAAAAAUAAAAACGAAUCUGAUUAUAAGUUGUAAAGCAAUAAGAAUAUACAGAUAAAAAUGAAGGGUGAAAGAAAGAAAAAAGAUAUAUCAAUGAUAUAGAAUUCGAAUAUGUAAAGGUCUUAUGGUUAUCUCAUAAAAAGGGGAAGUGUAAUAAAGCAUCAACAUUAACUAAAUCCAUAUAUAGAUAUA